GUGUCGUAUGAUGUCAGUGGUUUCUGUGAGAGGAACAGGGACGUGUUGUUUAACGACAUCAUCGAGCUGAUGCAGAGCAGUGAGUUUCUGUUCAUCAGAGCUCUUUUCCCUGAGAACCUGGAGGCUGAGAAGAGAGGGCGUCCGAGCACCGCCAGCAGUAAGAUCAAGAAACAAGCCAACAGUCUGGUCCAGACUCUGAUGAAGUGCACUCCUCACUACAUCCGCUGCAUCAAACCCAACGAGACCAAACGUCCCCGGGAUUGGGAGGAGAACCGGGUCAGACACCAGGUGGAGUACCUGGGCCUCCGAGAGAACAUCAGAGUCCGCCGGGCUGGAUACGCCUACAGACGGGUCUUCAACAAGUUCCUGCAGAGGUACUCCAUCCUGACCAAGGACACCUGGCCUCAGUGGAGGGGCGAGCAGCGCCAGGGAGUUCUGCACCUCCUCAACUCUGUCAACAUGGACCAGGACCAGUUCCAGCUGGGCAAGAACAAAAUAUUCAUCAAAGCUCCAGAGUCGCUCUUCUUGUUGGAAGAGAUGAGGGAGAGGAAGUACAACGGUUACGCUCGGGUCAUCCAGAAGGCGUGGCGUAAACACAUUGCCGUCCGCAAGUACGUCAAGAUGAGGGAGGAAGCCUCAGAUGUUCUUUUGAACAAGAAGGAGCGCCGCAGGAACAGCAUCAACAGGAACUUUGUGGGCGACUACAUCGGGACAGACAACCACCCAGAGAUCAGACAGUUUGUCGGCCGCCGAGAGAGGAUCGACUUUGCCGAUGUCGUGGUGAAAUUCGACCGAAGAUUCAGGACUGUGAAGCGUGACCUCAUCCUGACCCCGAAGUUCCUUUACCUGAUUGGCCGAGAGAAGGUGAAGCAGGGUCCAGAUAAAGGCCAGAUCCAGGAGGUUCUCAAGAGGAAGAUUGAACUCACCAAGAUCCAGUCUGUUUCCCUGAGUACUCUGCAGGACGACUUCUUCAUCAUCCACGAGGAGGAGUACGACAGCGUUCUUCAGAGCGUCUUUAAAACGGAGUUCCUCAGUCUGCUGGUCAAACGUUAUCAGGAGAAAACUGAGAAGAAACUUCCGCUCAAAUUCAACAACCU